CGAAGCUGCAGAUGAAAAUGGUGUGCUGUACUCUCCGCGGCAGAGAACCACAGAAGCAAUGGAAGGUGGUGACGUCCAAGAAGAAGAACUAGAUGAAGAACAAAUCGCUGGUACCUUGGCACGGCUUUCGAUUUCAUCUGCACCGACGAGUGAUAAUUUCAACACUGGGCCUCGGCCUCCGCCAGCAGCUCGUGCCGACAGUCUUUUGGCCGAGGACGGCGAUGGGCCAGGGCGCCUUUUUCUCGGCAGGAACUCCGUGUGGCAACCGCACGUUCAGGCAGCCGCCGACUUUCGUGGUGGACAUUCCAGGGGUGCUUUGAUUGACCCGGCCGCGAGGGACGGACAACAGCACCAACGCGC